AUGUCGACUCAGCAAGGAUUGCCAUUGAUCCACGAUCGAUAUACCUAUGUAGAGUACAUACUGCCUGGCUUUGUGACCGGGGUUUACGCCAGCGCCUGCUUUGGUGGAAUGGUUAUCAGUGAGGGAAUCCGGGUUUUAUAUCGAUUCCCGCAAGACUCGACAAUUUUGCGAGUGAUGGUCAUGUGGGUUAUGGCGUGUUCAUUGCUGCACACGAGGUCAGUGGUUAUAUGUCAGGUUCUAUCAUGUCAACAUGAUAUCGACUCAGUAUCGUCACUAAUAUAUCUAUUCAACAGCUGGUUUGAGUACAUUGCCUAUCAUUACGCGGUUGAUGGAUUUCAUGAUGUGAGGCAACUCAACACGGUGACUCCUCAUCUUGGGGCUCACGUAUUUUUGUCCAGAUGUUUGGUCACAACAUCUCAGCUUUUUUUCUGCUACCGACUGUAUGUUUUUUCAAGCCGAGACUGGCGGGGCACGAGUCUUGCUAUCCUGCUCACUCUUGGACAUGUAGCAUCUGCAAUCGGUACGAUGAUACAAUUAUUGACUAUUCCGCGACGGCCUCACCCCGCCUAUCCUAUAGUCUCUAUAGUACAACGAUUUCGGGCGAUGUCCUCAUCACUGGUUCCCUGUUAUACUAUUUGGGAAAGCAAAAGACUCACUAUAUCAAGACCAAAUCUAUCAUCAAACGGAUUAUGCUUUUGUCUUUCCAAACUAGCUAUCGUGUCGAUCGGCCUUCUAGGAGCACAGAGAGAAUUGGGAAUUCUGUAUUGCUUGACGCUUAUCUCGGCGCAACUUUAUCUGCUUUCAAUCCUGGUAACCUUGAAUUCGCGUUUUGACUUUGCCAAGGCUUUCGCCGAGGAUGCCAACAAGAGUCUCUCAAGAUCAUUCCGAAUGAACUUUCUUAAAUCAAAAACGAGAGAGUGGCCUGGCCCUGGCGAAGGUGUCAGCAUUCAGGUGGACCAGGUUAUUUUCACAGACUUUGACGAAGAUAUCCUUGUGUCACCCAGAUUUACAAAGGUUCGACCUGGUAACGGUCAACAUACCAUUCGAUCGCCUGCUGUUCCCAUCCUAGAUAAUUUUGCCAAUAGGUAA